AAUAAAUAAAUAUUUAUUUCAUUUUGGGUCGGAAACCAAUUAGUGCGAAACGUAUUGAAGAUUCACUCGAGCAACCACAUUUGUUUAUACUUAUUUACUUGUAGCAGUACUCCACUUUUAAAAGGAAACUAUAAUAGAUCUAUACAAACAGAAGAUGACAUCACUCAGCAGAUUAUUUUUGGCUCCUCAAAGCUUGUUACGUAGUUGCAGGAGGCUUGUACAUCAAACCAGUGUUCUUGGAAGUCAAGAUCCGCCCCAUCCUGGGCCAGAGCAGAAACGUGCCCAUUUUGGUGGAGUGGCACCUCGACAGCAAUAUGUGGAGCAAAGGAUUCGUAAUGAGGAGGCAGGGGAGCUGACAGAGUUGGUCAGAGACUUCUUGGACCCAGCCGUCUUCUAUAACCAGCUCAUAGGCAAAGGGAUAGACUUUUUCUGUGGUGUGCCAGAUUCUUUGUUAAAAGAUUUCUGUGCAUACGUAACAGAUAAUGCCCCUGCUAGUAACCAUGUUAUUACAGCGAAUGAAGGCAACUCGGUCGCCCUAGCCUCUGGUUAUCAUCUGGCUACAGGAAAAUCAGCCUUGGUUUAUCUUCAGAAUUCAGGUCUAGGUAAUACUGUUAACCCGCUUAUGUCACUAGCAGUACCAGCAGUGUAUAGUAUACCAAUGCUCUUACUAGUGGGAUGGAGAGGGGAACCAGGCAAGCGUGAUGAACCUCAGCAUCUGUCACAAGGGCAGUCAACUCCAGGGUUAUUGGCUGCUCUCGGGAUCCCAUUCCAGCCAUUACCAGAUUAUGAGGAAGGGGCCGAAUUAGCUUUACAAAGUGCAAGACAUUACAUGGACCUUUCAAAGGGACCCUAUGCUCUGCUCGUUAAACGACAGAUCUUUUCACCAUAUAAAUUACCGAAGGUUAUACCAGAAUUCCCGUUAUCUAGAGAAGAUGCAAUGAAGAUAGUCAUAGAUAAUCUAGGUCAGAAAGAUAUCGUGGUCGGAACUACGGGAAUGUUGUCCCGAGAGUUGUAUGAAUACAGGGUAGAGAGAGAGGAUGGACAUGAACGAGAUUUCCUCACUGUAGGAUCUAUGGGUCACGCAUCAUCUAUUGCUCUUGGUAUAGCUAUGCAGAAACAUAGAAGACAGGUUUUCUGUCUAGACGGUGACGGAUCUGUGAUCAUGCACAUGGGUGCCAUGGCAACAGUAGGUCAGCAUGCCCCACGCAACUUCAGACACAUAAUAAUAAAUAACGGUGCCCAUGACUCAGUGGGAGGUCAACCUACAGAUGCCGGGAACCAUACAAAGUUUGACUUUGGGUCCAUUGCAAAAGGUUGUGGUUACAAGGAGUAUCUACUUGCCAUUAACCCCGAGGAUGUAGCAGCAGCUGUGGUCAAGUUGAGGACAAUGGAUGGACCAGUUCUGCUGGAAAUUAAGACCAAGACAGGAGCCAGGCACGACCUGGGAAGACCAAAAACUAAACCAUUGGAAAACAAGGAAGAUUUUAUGCACUUUUUAGCAUUAUCCAAGUAAAUUUAGAACAGGGUUAUAAAGUUUUAAAAUCAUCUUAAGGAAAACUAAAAUUUACAUAGUUAAACAUAUGUUGUUAAAGUAUAACAAAUAAGGGUGAAAAUAAUGUUUGUAUUGGAAUGAACUUGUGAAAAGGUUUAUGAUUUUUUUUAUAUUUUUGAAAUCAAAAUACUGAGCCAGUAUGUGUAUACGAUAGAUAUAAUUCAAACAUCAUGUUAUCUGACAUAGUGUGAAAAUGUGAUUUUGAGGUCAUUAGGUCAAGGUCAUAGUGCCACAUGAAUUAUUUGUCAAGAAUUUUAUCAGCCAUUAUACAUAUAUGUAUUAUAUUUUAUGACUGAUUUACAAAAAAGUAUAUGCACUGGUGAAUAUGGGUUUUUACCAGCAUUAUUCAAAGAGAUACUGUCUUAAUAGCUUUAUAAGAAAAAGUCAUUUUUAUCAACCCAUUGUUGUAGCAUUUAUGUGGCAUAUGACCAUGGCAAGUGGCAAAUUUAUGUUAUUUUUUCAUAGUUUUCCCCAUCCAGAAGAUGAUAAAAAGUCAUUGAAUUCACUUUAUUUUAUGCUGACACUACCACGAUGUUCGCAGGGUUUUAUAAGAAAAAUGAGAUUAUGUGUAAUGUUAUCAUAAAUCAUUGUCAUCAUAGAUGGUUAACUUGUGCUGGAAGACUAUAAAUCAGAGAGCUUUGAGUAAUUUUUUAUUGGACAUUUUUAUAUUGUAGCCUUAAUUGUUUAAAUGCUUUCAAGAUUACUUAUUUACCUGUGCAGCUGUGGUCUGUAUAGGGCAAGGCUGUUAUGCAUUCUUAACGUGCAUUCUGACCAUGCAUUCUGGCCACACUGUGUUGAUUGCCGAGUUAUAUUAACAUUUUCAUAUCAAUGAAACAAACAAACAAACAUACUUUUUUUUAGAAACUGUGACAUGUGUUCAUGACAGGUGUAUUUGGGUAGGUUAAGUGUUCAGGGUAAAAACGUUAGUAAAGGGUUAUAUAUAUGUAGUAAACAUCCAUUUCUUCAUAUAACCUAUCAGAUGCCUUUAUAAAGGUUCCUGGUAAAAUUGCUGAGUAUAAAUGGUUAUAUACCAAAGAACCAUUUAUUCCAGGUUAUAUAACCCAUCAGAUGUCUUUAAAGGUUUCUGAUAGAUAAUAUUGCCUUGUUUAAAUGGUUAUAUAGCAAACAACCAUUUAUUCCAGGCCAUAUAACCAUCAAAUGUCUUUAAAGGUUUCUGAUAGAUAAUAUUGCCUUGUUUAAAUGGUUAUAUAGCAAACAACCAUUUAUUCCAGGCCAUAUAACCAUCAAAUGUCUUUAAAGGUUUCUGAUAGAUAAUAUUAUCUUGUAUAAAUGAUUAUAUAGCAAACAACCAUUUAUUCCAGGCCAUAUAACCAUCAAAUGUCUUUAAAGGUUUCUGAUAGAUAAUAUUGCUUUGUUUAAAUGGUUAUAUAGCAAACAACCAUUUAUUCCAUGCCAUAUAACCCAUUAAAUAUCUUUAGAUGAUAAUACAGGUAAUAUUGUCUAGUAAAAUAAAUUGUUAUAAUUAAAGCAAUCAUUUAUUCCAGGGCAUAUAACCUGACUUAAUAAUGAAUUUAUAUCACAGCACAAGUGCUUUCUUUGAUUUAAAAUGGAAUUUAAAUAUGAAUUUGCAGCAACUUUGUGUCAAGACAAUAUAAUUAUGAUGAUUACCCAAUGAAAAUCAAGAAGUAUUGAUAAACAAUGACAAUUAAGUGCUUGUAUUUUUGAAAGUAUAGAUAACAUGUGACAUUUCAAUUGUUGAAAGAUUUUUUAUAUAUUUUUUGUGCAUAAUGAAGUUUUGUUUUUAGUAGAUUAGAUAAGAUGUAGUUAUAUUAUUUAUUUUAACAUGUUUUGAGUUGGUUAUUUAUCUUAAGUCUUUGUUAUUGUUUAUUUGAUAGUUUAACACACAUUUUACUUUGGAUUUAUUUAUUAAAUAACAUUGUUAGAGUAGCAUUAUAGUGUCUUUUAUAUUCAUAAUCUUUUUGAUAUUGUGCUGUAGAUCUUGUAAAUUGUCUUUAACCUCUUUUAGAAUGACAGCAGUGACCUUUGUUAUUGGCCAGAUUUCAAAUCUAAGUCAAGCUAUAGCAUAGCUGGCCUAAAAAUAUAUAUUUUUUACACAAUUUUAGUGUAUUGGUAACCAGUUAUAGAAAUCAAAUUUUCCCAUCAUCACAGUCAUGUUAUUAGUUAUGAAUUUUAAAAUGUGAAUAGUUACUACGGUAGUAGUUAUUUGUUUCUAUAAAUAGUAUCCAGUUUUAAAGACAUUGUUGAUCAGUUAGAAAGUUGAACUCUACCAUUGGUCAAUUUUUGAAUCAGAAUUAACCAAUCAGAUGCUGCUUCUAAUAAUAGCAUCAAAUGAUAAAAUGAUUUUAGUAACAGUUGAAAAAGUUUAACUCUACCAUUGGUCAAUUUCAAAUAUGUAAUCAUAUUCGACCAAUCAGAUGCUUAAUUCUAUAAAUUGUAUCUAGUCUCAAGUUUUAUAGUUUGAAGACUAAGAUGGCUGCUCAGGUACUUUGUAUUGUAUUGAUACUGCCAGAAUUCAUGACAAUCUCUCAAGAACACAUUUUAUUUCAUCUUUACAAUGCUGUUAUUUUACUGGAUUACAUAUGUCUAUAUUAUAUAUAGUGUAUAUGUAUACAACAUUCAGAGGUUCAGUGAAAACAACUUGAUUUUGGACAGCAGGCUUAAACAAGCAUUUGAUUGGCUGAUUUUAUUUUAAUAUUUAAAAUUGACCAAUGGCAGAUCUCUAUUUUUUUACAUUGGUAAAUAAACAUGUAUGUCACCAUGCUUGUGUCCGCCUAGACAAGAAAUAGUUUAGGAGCAUGGUCCUUGUUUACAUAAGUUUUGUAUAACUGGACCAUUAUUGCCUAAGAGUGACUGUUAUUCUUUGUUUUUGAAAGUUAGUGAUAGAGAAAAUAAAAUUGUUUUAGAUAUUUUUCAUAUUGAUCUGUUUUAUCAAAAUGCAUAAUUAAUAUUGUUUUUCUUUCGCUUUUACUUGAAUCUCAACAGCUUACAUACUUAUAAAUUUAAUGAAAGGAUUUUUUGUACUCUUUCUUGCUGAUUUUCAGUAAUAGUUUUUAUAUAGUGGAGUAAAAUGCAUGAUUUCUGUAUACAGUUUAUCCUCUCCAGAGCCACUCUCUAAGCACCAACCAAAGUAUUUGUCUCCCAAAGGGUUAUGCCUCACAAAGGUUAUACUUUAUCAUAUUUUAGAGUGUUUUUUUGUAUUCCCCCAAGCCUUUCUCCAUUUUGAUGCAUAUUUUACUGUUUAACUGUAACUAUAGACUAUGCUUUCUUAUACAGAUUUUAUAUUCAUGUAUUUGUAUGAAUGUAUGUAUAUUGCAUUAAAGUGAAUUGGUCCACAAAUGAAGAUCUGUAAUGCCUAAAAUAAUCAUGCUGAUAGUAUUUUUAUAUAGUAUUUUGUAUCAUAAGUGAAAACAAACCACAAACGAAUUGUAGAUAGAUGUAGUAGGGAAAGUGUUAAGAUACAAUAUCUGAUAUGACCUACCAAUAUAUAGGAAAGAAUAAAGUGUUCUAGAACAAAAUAUUAUUAUUCAUCAUAUAAGUAUUCAUACUUAAUCACUUUAGAACUCUUUAUUAACAUUAAUAUUUAACAAUAACAGAAAUAUUUCUUAGCACAAUACAAAUCUUACAUUUCUAUUGUUUUUGAUCAGUACCUGAAUUACAUAUGGAAAAUGUGCCCAUUGUAGACCAAUCCACUUUAAUACAAAUGUAUUAAGUUGUAUUGUACAAUGUAAUGUACUAUGUAAGUGUAUAUUAAUAUUAUUAUUAUUUAAUGCUUGUUGUUAUAUUCAUGUAAUAUAAAUAGCCACACAUAUUGUUUAGCUAGUUUAUAACUAUCAUGUUUCAGGAGUAUAAGUAUCUCACUUGAUUUAAAUAGAAGAAAAAAAAUAUGCUUAUGUAUUUUUCAAAUUUUCUUCUGGGGUUCGGAGAGGCAGGUUUAGAUCAGGUUUAUUUUUGUAUGAGUUUAAACCCAGCUUUCCUCGUAUUUUUUUAAAUGUGAGGAAACCAUCCAGAUAAGUUUGUUAUUAGGGUUGUGUUCUGAAUGAAAAAUAACACUUGUCUGGAUUAUGUGAAUUAAACAUAACUUUUGUCAGUCAUUCUUGCAUAAAAUCUGUGCACACCAGUAUACAAUUGCAUGGAUUAUGUUAAUUGAACAUCAUUUUUGCAUAAAACAUAAAAAAAUCAUCGUACACUGUACAUUCAUAGAAAAGAAAUCAUUUAUUCAAUGCAUUGCUGUACUUCUGCACAUGUUUAAGCAGGGAAAAAAGGGUACAUAAAGAUUUUUUUUUACCGGGACAUAAACACCUCCGGGACUGACACCUUAUUUCUGGGACUUUCCCGGACAUCCGGGACAUUAUGGCAUGUAUUCGAUUAACCCUCUAUUGUAUAUCACUUAUUGGGAAAACUUCAUUAAAUGUUGUAGAAAAAAAUGACUAUAUAAAUGUAUUUGGCUUUAUAUUUCUAAAAUGUACUUUUUUAAAUAAUAUUUAACUUAAUAUACCACAUGCUCUUGAAAGAAACUUACAUUCAACUGUUUUAUAUCUUAUCGAGAUGUGUGAAAUACUAGCUCGAAACAAAGCAAGCAUAAUAUAUUUAGUUGUUUACUAUAUAAUAGCAUGUCUAUUACAAGGGGGAUAUAAUCAUAUAUAAAAGUAUAUUCAUUUAUUUAUAUACAUUUGUAUUGUUUAAUUUAAUCUUACUUAGUAAGCAGUAGAACUUAAGUUUAGCACAAUAUUAUUUCAAAAUAGUAAUUAUACAAAAUUAUACAAGAAAUAGCAUUUUAACCAAGAAAUGUGUUCUUGACUAAGAUUUUUUCUGUUAUCACACUACGGCAAUUUAUUUUUUAAAUUGAAUCUUAACAUAAGUAUUACUAGGGCAAUUUUAUUGUUUCCAAACCUCUAACGUUUUUUGCACAUUAAUUUCCCAGUGCACAUUUCACUAGAUCUAUGUAAAUUUGAAAAUGUGCACAGGGUGAUUUAUUCAAGAUACUAUUGGCAUAAAUAAGGUGCAUGCUAAUCCCAUUGCCUUGCCUAUGUCAUUAUAUCCAUAAUGGUGGAAAUGGGAAAUUUGAAGAAAAAAAAUUGAAUCAAGCAGUUUUGAUAAUUUUAUUCAACAACAGGCACUUAAAUUAUUAAACUUUUGGCAUGUUUGCACCUUUACCCUUGAUGGAGUUUGGGGUUGACUGGGUGAAGGUCACCGUUGUAAAAAGUAAAAGAAAAAUCACUUUUAAAUGAUAAGGCAAUUUUACGUUUUGUUAAAUCAACAAACAGCAUCCUUCAUUUGUACAUUACGGUUAUUUACAUAAAUUGCAUUUCAUUAUUUUAACAGUUUUGACCAUGUUAGUCUUCCAUACUUUUCAUUUAUUUUAUCGCUGUAUUCUAAUAAAACUCAUGAACCUGUAGAAAUUGAACUUGCUGCCAUCAUUAAGGAAAUGGUCUACAACAUAUUUCUACAAAGUAUUACAGAAAUUAUACGUUUAGGUAACACGAUUUGUGUAUCGAUUUAAAUCCAUUUAUAUUCACCAAACAGUAUUGUUUUGUUCUUUUGUUGUAAUGAUGUACUUGUAAAGAUAUUGUUAAGUCACCCAUCUUUAAUUGCUCAAUCUGCUAUAUGUACCAUGUAAAAUUUCAUUAUUUUGGGUAUGAGAUUAUUACAUACUUAAAACCUUAAUAUUCUGUGUUACUUCGGGUCUGAAAUUAUUGAACAUUCUUUAAACCCUUAUUCUGCUGAAACAGUACAUGAUAAGUCAUUGCCACCUAUAUAGAGCCAGGCAAGCCUGUACAUCUGUGCAGUCUGGCCAGGCCCUAUACUGUUGGUAGCUCAACUUUGGAAUAUUAAUAUCAAAAUCCCUGUUUCUUUUAAUCAUAAUUCCAUAUACAAAGCUGGGCACAUUCAUUACUAAAGUUCAGCAAAUUAAUGGUUAAAACUAGUCUAACCCAUUGGUCAAUUUACAAAUUAUUCACCACCAAUCAUAUUGUAGCAUUCACAUGUGUGGGGGAUAUAGAAUUGAAAACCAGUCUUAAUAUAAAACUUUUUCCAUUGGCUGGUUUGAAGUUUUGAUAUCUGAAUCAACCAAUCAGAAUGUGCAUAAGACUGGUCUUCAUUUUAAAGUGAUCUUUUGUUGACCUAAGAAACAGUGCUUAGAGGGACCAAAAGUUUCUGUGAAACAAAUUUGCCAGACUUGUAUAUGGUGCAUAAGUAACACUGGAAUGGGCUUCAUAUGUUUGCUUUUCAUUUUAGAAUUCAGUAACUAGCUUUAUUGUUACAUUGAAGUUAAAAUUUAGGUAGACUUUUUAAGAGAAAACUUACAAUUUUAUAUAGAUUAUGUAUUUGUUGACAUUACAUUUACACAAUUUUCAUUACAAAUUUUGAUAGUCAACAUAAAUCAUGGUACAUUUUCUGUGUGGUUUAAAUAAAAUGAAUUUCUUACAAAGAA